GUGACUCCUUUGGGCAUCCUCGUGGAAGCCAUACGUGAAGACCGACCGGCUCCGAAGGACGCCAGAUCCCGCAGAAAGGCGUACGUGGUCCUCAACUGGGACGACGGCCGCGCUUUUCAACUGCGCACUUUCAGACCGAAGCGUUUUAGGUCGAUAGUUGUUGGUCGUUUUUUUUUACGCUUUUUGUGAUGUUAUCCGUUCCAAAGUCUUGCGUGGUACUUUUAUUCCGUCAUUUGCUUUCAUUUAUUUCCUCCCUACCGACCCAACCUUUCACGAAUCUUUACCGUAAAUGGUGAGCAGCUGUAUCCAUUCAGCGACAGCGAGCAUCAGUGUCAGCCAUUCCUCGCUGCUUGAUCGGUCACUCUGACCUCAUGACCCUACGUCCUGCAUAGUAACCUCACCGUGACCUUGCCGUGACCUGCAGCGGCCGAGAGUCUCCUCGGCUCUGCCCGUCGCGCCCCGCCCACCGGAUACUGGGGGGCGGCGCGUGCGCCGGCCGGCGUCGGCGCCGGCGGCGGCCGGCCGGCCAGACGCGCUGUCAGGUCUGCGGCGAGGACGUGCCCCGCCGUCCCGGUCAGCCCGUGCCGACCUGAGGCCAGUCGUCAGCGCGCGGUCGUGCCGCUGCUUCCUCCUGCCGACCCGCUGUAUCACACGGCGGCCGGCCAAGAGUGAAUGGAAAGAAGAAAGGUCGUGGACAGAAGAAGAGGCCAACAAUUCCCGUCACGCAAAAGCUCGAAGCAUUCGGUGCUGCUGAAGCCGACAAGAUGAGUCCGUCGACGAAGCCGACCCGGUACGCUGCCCAGGCCUGGAUCAAGGAGAACCUGCUCCUGAUCGCUACCAUCUCCGGCGUGCUCAUGGGCGUCGUUCUCGGCGUUUCCAUCAAGCCGUACCAGCCGAGCGAGACGGCCCGACUGCUGAUCGCCUACCCGGGCGAGCUGUUCAUGCGGCUGCUGAAGCUGAUGAUAGUGCCGCUGGUGAUCGCCAGUCUGGUCACAGGUUCGGCCAGUCUGAACGCCCGCAUGAACGGCAAGAUCGCGAUGCGCACCGUCAUCUACUUCGUGCUGACGUCUCUGCUGAACGCCGUACUGGGCAUUCUGCUGGUGGUCGCCAUCCAUCCUGGCGAUCCGACCAUGCGCAACGCCAUCGAGCAGAGCGACCAGAGCCGCCGCGCCACCAUCAUGGACGGCCUGUUGGACCUCGGCAGAAACGUCUUCCCAGACAAUCUGUUCCAAGCCUCUUUCGAGCAGACGCAGACCAUCUACAAGCCAGUGGCCAGCGCCGAGAACGUGACGGAGCAGCUGAUGAAGCGCUCGGUCGAGUACCGGCCCGGCACCAACACGCUCGGCAUCAUCUUCUUCUGCAUCGUCUUCGGCACCGUGCUGGGAACACUCGGCGAGAAGGCGCGCGUUGUCAUCCAGUUCUUCGCCGUCGUCGACGAGGUCAUCAUGCGCAUGGUGUCGGGGAUCAUGUGGUGCUCGCCGCUGGGUAUCGCCUCCAUCAUCUGCGGCAAGAUCCUGGCCGUGCCGAAACUGGGCAUCAUCAUGGAGCAGCUGGGCCUCUUCAUCGUCACCGUGGUGGUCGGCGUGCUCAUCUACCAGCUCAUCAUCAUGCAGCUGCUCUACCUGGCCAUCGUCAGACGCAACCCGUGGCCCUUCUUCUGGCACAUGCGCGAGGCGUGGCUCACCGUCUUCGCUACGGCUUCCACCGCGGCCACGCUACCCAUCUCGCUGAAAUGCGUCGAGGACAAGGCUAAGGUGGACCGCCGGGUGAGUCGGUUUGUUCUGCCCAUCGGCGCCACGGUCAACAUGGACGGCACGGCGCUGUUCGUCUCGGUCGCCUCCAUCUUCAUCGCCCAGAUGAACAACAUGUCGCUCGACGUCGGCAACCUCGUCACCGUGGCUCUGACGGCCACCGCAGCCAGCGUGGCGUCGGCCAGCGUGCCCUCUGCAGCCCUGGUGCUGAUGGUGAUCGUGCUGCAGGCCAUCGAGGCGCCCAUCCCGGACGUCAGCCUCCUGUUCGCCGUCGACUGGCUCGUCGACCGGUUCCGUUCGACCAACAACUGUCUGGGCGACUGUUACACGGCGGCCAUUGUGGCUCACCUGAGCCGCUCCGAGCUGAGCGACCUGCGCUCUGACACCACCAGCGACGCGCCCGACGCCGUCUCCAUCGAGGACGGCGAAAAGAGCCCCCUGCCGACCAAGAGCGCCGCUGCCGCCCGCGAUACCAAGGUGGAGGUGAUGUCUGAGAAGCCGAACGGCGGCGCCCCGCUGGCAAACCACUCUGACAUGUGAACGGGUGCCGCGCCGUAGUUCAGCUCCUGCCGCCGCGGCGUGCUCGCUUUCUGUAACUCGGCUCUCGUUGUGUAGUCGUGCGAUGUCGCUAUCAGGCGCUCUGGGCCAGCCCUCGGACCGGGCAGGUCGGGCGAGUAGGGAGGAGCCGAUUUCUGUGAUGAGAAGCGCUGACGCGCCGUAUAGCUGUACUUCCCUCGGCGUGGCCGCAGCCCGCUGAUCAUGUGCUUCUGUGUUAUCGGUGGCGUUAAGGUUGUCAGUGUUACUCGUAAUUGCAGCGGAGCGCAGAGUAUCUCUAAGCAGGCAAUGGAGAGUGGCCAAAGGUAUACGUACCACGCAAAGAGGUACAUUUGCACGCAAUAUUAUACCAGCAAGGCCAAACCUUCAUAACAUAAAAUCCGAAUAUUCACUUUCAGACCGUUGCGUACGGCUGGGUCCCGAUAUUCGGGGCUUCAUAACGCACCGCCCGUAGAGGCUUAUCAUACUGGAGCUGCACUCCCACACACAUUAACAUGGCUGACCCGAGCAUCUGGCGGAAAUCACUGUCUCAUCCAGCAGUCCUGCGAGUUAUGCGAGCUAUUGGUGGUUAUAACAUGUUAAUUGUAAGUGCAAGUUAGAAAACAUCUCGGAUAGAAAAUGGCAUGUGCUUUCAAUCGCAAUGAGCUAGAAAUCAGAAAAGAAUUCAGGAGGUAGAGAGAGCUAUUGAUUCCAAGAAGGCUGGGUGUGCUGUUCUGGAAAAGGCGAUGGUUUAGCAGAUUCUGCAUUGUCCGUGCAUCUAAUACACCAUACUAUCAAAA